UGUAUCUUUUUCUUGCUAGGUCAUUCCGGCCUGAUUUUGUCCUUGUUCGACAACAUUCAUUCAGCAUGGCAGAAAACGAAGAUUUCCGUAACUUGAUUAUUGGAAUGCAGUACGCAGGCAUCCCCAGCGUCAACUCCCUAGAGUCAAUCUAUAACUUCUGUGACAAGCCGUGGGUGUUUGCCCAGCUGGUGUCUGUCUACAAAACUUUGGGUCCAGAGAAGUUCCCUUUAAUUGAGCAAACAUUCUAUCCAAAUCACAAGGAAAUGCUAACAAUGCCAACAUUUCCUGUUGUUGUGAAGAUUGGACAUGCGCAUUCAGGCAUGGGAAAGAUCAAGGUAGACAACCACUACGAUUUUCAGGACAUAGCCAGCGUGGUAGCACUUACUCAGACCUACGCCACUACCGAGCCCUUCAUAGACUCCAAAUAUGACAUCAGGAUCCAAAAGAUAGGCAGUAACUACAAAGCAUACAUGAGAACUUCCAUAUCUGGAAACUGGAAGACAAACACGGGCUCUGCAAUGUUGGAACAAAUUGCUAUGUCAGAUAAGUACAAGCUUUGGGUUGACACCUGUUCUGAAAUAUUUGGUGGUUUGGACAUCUGUGCUGUUAAAGCUGUACAUGGAAAGGAUGGAAAAGAUUAUAUUUUUGAGGUCAUGGACUGCGCAAUGCCCCUGAUUGGUGAGCAUCAGACUGAAGACAGGCAACAUAUAACUGAUCUAGUCGUAAGCAAAAUGAACCAAAUGUUGUCCAAAACUCCCAUACCGUCUCCUCAGAGACCCACUGCCACUCAGCAGCCUCAGGUAGGAAACUUUUGUUUGUAA